AUGGAGCACUUGCCUAGCAUGCAGGAGGCCAUGAUUCCAUCUCUAGCACUACAAAGGAAGAACUUAGUGAUCGAGGCUGAGCUUCGCUCCACCAAGCGCUGGGAGCUGACCGCGGAGGGCGAGGAGAUGGCCCGGGAGGGCAGCCACGAGGCCCGCGUGUUUCAGAGUGUCCCCGCGGAGGGCUUGGCGCAGAGUGAGCUCAUGCGCCUGCCCAGCGGGAAGGUGGGCUUCAGCAAGGCCAUGUCCAACAAGUGGAUCCGCGUGGACAAGAGCGCGGCCGAGGGGCCCCGGGUGUUCCGCACCGUGGAGGGCAUAGACGAUGAGGUGCAGCGGCGGCUCCAGUUGGUCCAGGGGGGACAGGCCGAGAAACUGGCUGAAAAAGAAAGAAGUGAACUGCGGAAGAGGAAGCUGCUGACUGAAGUGUGAGUGGCUUGAGCUGGGGAGACCAUGGCUCCCCCCAGUCCACCUUUCCAUCUGCAUAUGUGACCCCAGGGCCUUUGUCCCUACUGCU